AACAUCACCAUGUCAUCAUAUCAUCGAUCUCUGUCUCUCACUCACUCACUCGUUUCUGUAAUAAUGCAUUUCCGAAAUCCAAAUCGAAAUCACCCCUGAGUCCAUUGAAUUGAAUCACAUAUAAUCAUGGGUUCCACCCAGUCCACACAUGCAACUCAAGAUGAUGACGAGGAAGAAGAAGCAAGCGAAGAAGAAGAAGAAGAGAAAGACGAGGAGGACGAAGAAGAAGAGCUGGAACAGCCUAACGAUAGAGGAAUCAUCGAAAACAACAAUAAUUUACACAACAAGGUUCUACAACAAGAGCCAGAGAUGCUGCCCUGUUACGCAUCAGCAUCGCCUCUCUCCCCUCAACUCUCAUCUCUAGGCACCCCAAAGCUCGGUCCUUCUAUCAAGGUGUGGGACCCUUACAACGUCCUCGCGCCGCUCCCUCCCCCGCCCCCGCCUCCUUUCUCCUCCGAUGACGAGGUUGGUGUUUUGGAGGUGUUUUUGAUCAGUCAUGGAGAGUGCGAGCUCGAUCUGAGGCCUGAUUUAGUCGGUGGAAGGUGCCACGUGGCUGAAUUGACUCCCAAAGGGCAGCGACAAGCCAGGGCUCUUGCUGUCUUCUUCAACUCUCAAAGGGUCAGCUUCCAUUCCGUUUAUUCAUCGCCCUUGAAUCGUGCUAGAUCAAUGGCUGUCUCCAUCUGCCAGGAAAUGAAUUUUGCCGAGGAGCAAAUACGACCAGCAGAUGCACUAAUGGAGAUGAGUAUGGGGCUUUGGGAGGGUUGCUCCCGCUCAGAAAUAUAUACACCUGAAGUUCAGAGCCUGCUCGAAAAUUUUCGGCCUGACUUCUGUGCACCAUCUGGAGAAUCACUUAGGCAAGUCGAAUUUAGGAUGGUUCAGUUCCUAAAUGGAACAGUCCUGGGACUGCCUGAAAAGCUGAGAUCAGAUUUGUUGAUGCACCAUCAAACUGAGAGCCAAGGGUUCUCUCAUGACAGAGAUGGGCCUCUUCUACCACUGCCUUCUCAUUGGGAUAUGCUUCAUAGGCACCGACAGGGCCUCACAAGGAAAAAGUCUGGUAAGAGUAGGCUACAACAUGUGACUUCUACAGGCAAUCACGAGGGUGAGGAUGAGGUCUCUCUUAGGGAAGCCAGCCACCAACAUUUGCUCCCUGAUUUGAAUAACAGGAACUCAUCCUCCGCAGUCUCUUCAUGCGUGGGCGUUUUCACGCAUUCAAUUCCUAUCAAGUGUCUGCUCACAGGCCUCCUGGGGUGCAGCCCAGUAAUGAUGCACAAGAUCUGCAUAGAAGAUUCUUCAGUGACUGUGUUGCAGCACUCUUGGAAAACAGGUUGGCAGAUUAAAGGCCUGAAUGAUACUGCACAUCUGAGACUUCUCUAGGUUGAGAAUUAUUGGCUCCGAGUUAUUGAUGGGAUAAUGAGCUGUUAAUUAUUAGAAGCUGUUAUUUUUUCAUUCAUGGAUUGUAUUAGGGCUCACGAUCUCACACGUUAUGCUGCUUCUGCGUCCUGUUGUAACUUUGGUUUAUUCGCUUCCAGAUUUGCCAACUUACAUCAAACAAAAAUAGAUUGGCUAGGAAGUUGGAUUUUGUAUUGGAUGAUUCUUUUGAUCUACAGCAUUUACAAAUGUUGUUGUA